AUGAACAGAAUUUGGUAUCAAGCUGAAGAGGUUUUCCCAAUUGAUGGCACUCCUGAGGAAAGGCAACAUGUUUUUUGGGUUCCGGUUGAUGCUCAUUACUUCAAUAUUGCCAAGAAGCUUCAGAUUCAGAGCUUAGAAUUGGAAGGAUGCGUGAAUGCAACAACACCGAAAGUGGCAACUGUAUUAAGAGGAGCAAGUGCAAGUAUCUACGUAGAUAAUGCAGCUUAUAGAAGUUUUAUUCAUAAUCAAUUCAUGGUAAGCCCUGUUGAAAUGGAAAGCGCCGGAGUAGCACUCAUCUGCCACCAGCAAUUGGUUCCUUUCAUCACCAUUCGUGCUCUCUCUGAUUUAGCCGGUGGUGGCUCUGCUGAAUCCAAUGAAGCCGAUACUUUCAUAACUGUUGCUGCUACUAAUUCUGUUAUUGCUCUUGUUCAAUUCAUUAAGGAGUUGUCACUUUCCAUAGCUUCUUUUUUAUUUAACUGAGAUUAUAUAUGUUGUUUUUACUUGUUAUUUGUUACUUGUUACAUGUGUACCGUACGUGUGGAAUAAAUUUAUCAAAUUCAUCGA